CGGUGGAGCACAGUUUCGUAGCAUUUGGCGAGCCGUUUGGUCGGACAUCGGAAUCGGCAUCGUCGGACAUCGGACAUCGGGAGCUUCAGCGGGAGUCCAAGUCCAGCGUUAAACCCGUCGGACAGACGUCGGACAUCGUGUCGCUGUGCGGUUCGGUGCGGUGCGGUUCGGUGGUACGUUUUGUUCAGUUUCUGAGCUGGGGCCCACAGGCGCCCCAAAGCCCCCAAAGCCAAUCGCCAGUUGAUCGUGCGGAACCCCUUGCGUUGGGAGACCCCCCCGCUCACCCCCUCCGAGGAGAGAAGCUUACAAACCCGGAGAGGGACUCCGUUUCGCACAGAGAGACAGAGAGAGAGAGAGCGAGAGAGAGGACGCCUUUGAAGAGAGGAAGAGAUCGCUUUGGCGAGGGACUCUCCUCCGAAGAGAGCGGGAGAGCGACAUGCGACGACGCCGUCGUGGCCGCUGCUGUCAAUGACGAAACAGCGACGAAACAUACAACAAAAAGCCAAGCAAAAACAAUAUUCGCGUACAAAAUCAAUCAGCAAACAAUUCGGAUACGGCCUUCCCGCGGAUACGGCCACACAGCAAAAGAUACAGAUACACUCUACACGAGUAGAAGUGUAGCCGAAAACCAAGAGCCGCCCCAAUGACCGUCUCAUACGCGGGCGAAGUGCCAAAUGGCAGCAGUUUCGGCUGCUUCUGGAAGAUCCUAUGGAAAUGGCGCGGCAGUGUCUACAAACUGAUCUGGCGCGAAUUGGUCGCGUAUCUGUGCCUCUACUACACCAUAAAUGUUAUCUAUAGAUUCGCCCUGACCGCCAACCAACAGGCGAUCUUCAACAAAAUCCGGCAGUACUUCGGACAGCAGGGCGAGAGCAUACCCAUGUCGUUCGUGCUCGGCUUCUAUGUGAACCUCGUGGUGAAACGCUGGUGGGAACAGUACCGCCUGCUGCCCUGGCCCGACACGCUGGCCCUCUUCAUCAGCGCCGCCAUCUCCAAUGCCAACGGCGGAGUAAACAACGAAACGGGUCGCCUGAUGCGCAGGAAUAUCAUGCGGUACAUGGUCCUGGCCUACGUCAUCACUCUGCAGCGCAUCUCGCUGCGUGUGAAGCGGCGCUUCCCCACCACCCAGCACCUGGUGGACGCCGGCCUCAUGCACGAGUCCGAGAUGAAGAUCUUCGAGGCCCUGAACGCCAAGAGCCCCAUGUCCAAGUACUGGAUGCCGCUCGUCUGGGCCACGAACAUCAUCAAUCGGGCGCGAAAGGACGGCCUCAUCGCCUCCGACCACAUCGUGCAGACGAUUCUGGUCGAACUAUCGGAUAUUCGUAGGCGUCUGGGUGGCCUCAUCGGCUACGACACGGUCUGUGUUCCUUUGGUCUAUACGCAGGUGGUCACCCUCGUGCUGUAUACCUACUUUAUUGCCGCCCUUCUGGGGCGACAAAUGCUCCCGAACGUCCUGGAUCGCAAUGGACGCGAGGACCCCGAUUUGUACUUCCCGCUUUUCACCGUCCUGCAGUUCGUCUUCUAUGUGGGCUGGCUGAAGGUGGCCGAGGUGCUGAUCAACCCCUUUGGCGAGGAUGACGAUGAUAUAGAACUCAAUUGGCUGAUCGAUCGCCACAUAAAGGCCGCCUACAUGAUUGUCGAUGAGAUGCACGAGGAGCAUCCGGAGCUGCUGCGCGACCAGUACUGGGAGUGCGUCGUCCCCAAGGACCUGCCCUACACGGUGGCCUCCGAGCACUACCGCAAGGACGAGCCCAAGGGGUCCGCGGAGAAGUACAAGGUGAAGAAGGAGGACGCGAUGUACGCGAACAUAAUGCCCGGCGGCGGCGGCGCAGGCAAGCGAAUGCUCAGCGACGAUGUCUAUGCGGACUACGAGAGUGUCGACACGCCGAUGGUGGAGCGCCGGAAGAACAACUGGCUCGUGCGGCAGCUGUCGCGCAUGGGCUCGAUGCGGAGCCAAUCGACGGCCUACUCCUCGGGCGGCAUGCCGUUCAAUCGGCAUCGCCUCAACUCGGUCUACUCCAGCCCCGAGUCGGGCCUGCCCCUGACGAUCCUCCAGCAGCAGCAGCUCCAACAGCAGCAGCAGCAGCAGCACCAGCAGCAGCAGCUCCCGUCGAUGGGGGGCUCCCAGUCGCAGCAGAAGUCGAGCCUCUACGGGAAGUUUGUGCAUCGCAAGUCGAUACGCGCCCAAAGGCAGUUGAUAAAGCAAAAUUCAAAGCUAAAUGGCCUGAAUGUGAAUGUGGCCAAGACACGGCCGCGGAUCCCCACUCCGGAGGUGGCAAAAGACGGCAGCACGAAUCCAGCCUCUAGUGCCGUCAUUAUGGCGCCAUCACAACACCAAAGCGCACCACAGCAGCCCCCGCAACAGGCACAGGGAGGGGCGCACCACAUGUACCCCUCCUCCUACACCACAACCAACACCACGAGCACCAGUACGGGAAUGGGGGCAAUGGGGGGAAUCGGGGGCAUGGGCAUGGGCAUGGGGGUGCUGGGCACCCUCCUCCUGUCGCCCAUCAAAGAGAUGGACAGCUCCUCAUCGAAUAACACUCUGAUUCCAGGACACCCAGCCACAGCGGCCCUGGCGCAGGCCAUCAACAUGAAGGAUGGCUUUCCAGCAGUCAGCACCCUCUCCGCUGCCACGAACAUCACCACGCUGUCGUUUCCCUUCACGAUGGCCAACAGCAGCGGCGGCGGGGACACCAUUCCCACGGGGACGCUGAGCAUCCUUCCCAUCGCGGCGAACGCCCAGCUGCCGACCAUCACGACAACGGCCAGUGGCUACGAGCCCAAUGACGUCAUCACCACGAUCCCCGUCUCGCUCUCCAUUCAGCGCUCCCCCUCGUCCCUGUCCAUCGUGGACCUGGCCCAGGAUCAGGACGGCUACAGCAACAGUGGCUCCAGCAACGGCAUGACCGUGGGACCGGGAGCGGGCGGCGGCGGCGGCAUCACCACCACGGCCCUCCUGUCCGUGAAGCCCCUGAACGGCAGCGGCAGCGGCAACGGCAACGGCAACAUUUCGCGGAACAACAGCUUCAGUCUGAGCUUCAACCUGCAGGACCCCACAGUGCGCUCCUCGGUGCGUUCGGCAGGAGCCCCCACAGUGGAUACAGUGGACAACUCUUCAUCCGGUGGCGCGAUCGGCCUGCCCCAGAGCGGCGCCACGGCAACGGCAACGGCCACGAGUGCUCCCUCAACCCUCGCCAAACACAGUCCCGAGGCCAAGACAGGAGAGGUCUAUGUCUGAGCGGAGGAACAGGACACCUACUCCGACCCAUCCACUGGAUUAUAGCUUUCGUCGUAGGAUUAAGCACCCCCUUCCAGAACCACUGAUACGAUAUUAUCAUCUAGGAAAGAGAACAAAACAAGAGUAAUCCUCUCUUCGGAUUGUACAUACAUAUGCACACAUCAAUAUACACACAUACAUAUAUAGCCCACAGACGGAUCGUAGCGUCAUGGAUCGUAAUAUCGUACGGCACACGCGAGUAUUUCUCGAUAGUUGGGCGAAUAAAUUACGAAUAAAAUCUUUACCAAGAGAAUCUCCACUAAA